GCAGAAAAAUCAUUGCAGAUUCAAGGCCAGCCUGACUACAUCCUGAACUGUACAAGACCCUGUCUCAAAAAUAAAUAAAUAAAACAAAGACUAGUUCAGACUUGAUGUGAUUACACCUAUAUAUCCACCUACAUGGGAGUCUGAAGAAGUAAGAUCUCUUGUGAAGAGGAGUUUGAAAUCAGCCUGGACAACAUAGUGAGACACCAUCUCAAAACAAAAGAGAUGCACAAUCAGCUUUGAAAUUUGAAAACAAUGGAGAAGACUCAAGAAAAUGUCCAAAGAAUUCUUCUAGAGCCCUACAGGUACUUACUUCAAUUACCAGGUAAGCAAGUGAGAACAAAACUUUCACAGGCAUUUAAUCAUUGGCUGAAAGUUCCAGAAGACAAACUACAGAUUAUCAUCGAAGUGACAGAAAUGUUGCAUAAUGCCAGUUUACUCAUUGAUGAUAUUGAGGAUAAUUCAAAACUCCGACGUGGCUUUCCUGUAGCACACAGCAUCUACGGGAUUCCAUCUGUCAUCAAUUCUGCCAAUUAUGUUUAUUUCCUUGGCUUAGAGAAAGUCUUAACCCUUGACCACCCAGAUGCAGUGAAGCUUUUUACCUGCCAGCUUUUGGAACUCCACCAGGGACAAGGCCUAGAUAUUUACUGGAGGGAUAAUUACAUUUGUCCCACUGAAGAAGAAUAUAAAACCAUGGUGCUGCAGAAGACAGGUGGACUGUUUGGAUUAGCAGUAGGUCUCAUGCAGUUGUUCUCUGACUACAAAGAAGAUUUAAAACCACUGCUUAAUACACUUGGGCUCUUUUUCCAAAUUAGAGAUGAUUAUGCCAAUCUCCACUCCAAAGAAUAUAGUGAAAACAAAAGUUUUUGUGAAGAUCUGACGGAAGGAAAGUUCUCAUUUCCUACUAUUCAUGCUAUUCGGUCGAGACCUGAAAGCACCCAGGUGCAGAACAUCUUGCACCAGAGAACAGAAAACAUAGAUAUUAAAAAAUACUGUGUCCAGUAUCUUGAGGAUGUAGGUUCUUUUGAAUAUACUCGGAAUACUCUUAGAGAGCUAGAAUCUGAAGCCUAUAAACAAAUUGAGGCAUGUGGUGGAAACCCUGAGCUAGUAGCUUUAGUAAGGCACUUAGGUAAGAUGUUCAAAGAAGAAAAUUAAUAAUAAGCCAUUCUUGAUUGGUACAUACAGCUUCCUUUGGUGGUUUUUGUUUUUGUUUGUUUUGUUUGUACCAGGGAUCGAACUCAGGUCCUUGUGUUUUCGAGGCAAGCGGCGGAACCACUGAGCUAAAUCCCCAGCCCUCUUUAGUUGUUUUUUGUCUUUUAACCUAUCAGCUUUUCACAAAUUUGAACUAAACUGUUAAUCUCCAAAAAAUGAGAAAAGAGGAGUGAGAUGAA